ACCAUACCAUAAGCCUCCAACCAAAACAACAUUUGUUUAUCUACCCGUUACCUCAGCUCAAUCUUAAAUUCUUGUCUAUCAGUGACCUCGACUCAAUCUUAAAUUCUGAUACAUAACCGUUUCGAUCUCGAUCUCGAUCUCCUGCAAGUGGCACCAAGUGGUGAUCUCCCUUAUCUCUCUUGGAUGCUUUUCUUGGCUUGAGAUCAGAGGAACAAACAUACAAUACAAGCUAAUAUUAAUUUUUCCGACGUUGAAUUGAAGAAGAUGUCUGCUAUGAUCAAAAACUUCAACUUGGAGCAAGUGGCCGUGGCAGUGGCGGCGCCGCCGUCUCCGCCGCCGCUGCCGCCGGCGAAGAAGCCGAAACAAGGCAUAGGCUCGAUUCUGGGGUCAGAUUCCGAUCACAGAGCCAAGACAGCGGCUUCCAUAAGAAGAACUCUCUCGGCUGAUAUGUCAUCCAAGAAAUGGCUCUCGCAGAAUGGGUUCCCGGCGAUUAAAAAGAUUGCUUCCUCCGGCGAGUUCGCCGACGAUCACCCCCACACUUUUUCCGGCGAAGAGGAUGAGCUUAGCAGGCCGGGGCAAGAUGAGGUUUGGAGAGCAAUCCAAGCCGCACAGAAGCCUCGAAACGACGGCGUAAAGCCGUCGUUAAGGUCAUGCGAGUCUUGGAGCUCGAUUUUGACGACGAAAAACACUGAGGAUUGUUCUAAGCUUCCUCCCCCUUAUGUUCACCCUCUCGUGAAAGCAAGAACGGCUAGCUCUCUCAGCGAGAAAAGCCUCGAGAUUUGCACUGAAAGCCUCGGCUCUGAGACCGGCUCCGACGGCUUCUCCUCCCACUCCCCGCCCGAAUCCGGCGACGAAGAAGAAGAACAAGAAGAGGAGAAACAAGAUCAUAAUCUCCAAAUCCCCAAUAACUCCUCUCACUCUUUUGAAGCUCCUCAAGCCGUGAAACAGAGCUAUAGCAAGCGAUCGGCGCCGAGAUCUUUCCCUCCUCCCCUGCCUUCUCUGGCUAAAAACAAGGCUUCCCUUCAAGUCCUCUCGCGCCGCCAGAACGGUCGGCUCAUUCUUGAAGCCGUCUCCGUCCCCCCACGCGACUAUCUCCACGCGCAACGCCACGACGGUCGCCUUCUCCUCACCCUAGUCAACGGCUCUGCCUCAGAAGAAACAGGGGACAAAGAUGAAACCACACAAUUGUUUGACACUUUCGAAGAAACCGAUGAUACUGUUCUUAUUGAUGAUGAAGAUGACGAGCAAGAAUUGACAAAAAAUUCAAAUUUAUUGCCAAACAUCCCAACUCCACCAUUUAUGAAGCAAUUCAAGAAAAACACAUUGUGGGUUAACAACAAAGCAGUGGAUUUGAUCGAGGAGGAGGAGGAUCUCAUCAUUACUCCGCCGCCGCCGCCUGCGGCGGCGGCGGCGGGAGUUGCAGGGCUAAUCCCGGCGGCGGCGCUGCCACACGCCGCCGCGUUCGUCAACACCUACGACUACUUCUGGAGGAAGAAACCCACAGUCGCAAGCGUGAUAUUCGACACUGAACAAUGCAAAGGCGGCGCAAAAAACAACCUCAAAAACAACAACGACGACAACAACAACAACGUUGUUGAAAGUCCAAAAGUUGCGCUGUUGAGAGGAAGCAUGGCGAAUAAUAUGAUGAGAGGAUGCAAAGAAUCCAGGAGGUCAUUGCUGCCAUGGGAGCCUUACUGCAUUGCCACAACCUGAUCAUCAUCAUCAUCAUUUCUCCUUAUAUGCCAUUAAUUAAUAGCUUAUUUAACAUAUGUGUAUUUUAAUUUCCGCCAUAAUUAAGGUCAUUAGUUUUUUUCUCUCUUGGUCGACCAAGGGAGUUGUGUUUGCUUGUGUAGCCAAAAUAAACAUAAGCUAUACUAUGAUUCAGAUCAGAGCACCAUAAAAUUCUAUGGUCAUAUAUCUCAUAUGAUCCUCAAAUGACCAUUUUUUUACCUCAUAUUUGAAGUUAUUAUUAAUAGUCAAUGAGUUAUUUGACUUUUGCUCUUUA